AUGCCUGCUCAGCAGAAGAAAAUUAUCUUCUGCAUAGCUGGGGUGCUGAGCUUCGCUUGCGCGCUGGGGACGGCGGCAGCCAUCGGCACGCAGCUCUGGGUUAAGGGGACGAUACUCUGCAAGACAGGAGCCCUGCUCGUCAACGCCACCGGCCAGGAGCUGGAGAAGUUUAUUGGCGAGAUCCAGUACGGGCUUUUCCACGGCGAGCGUGUGAGGCAGUGCGGGCUCGGGGGGAGACCUUUCCAGUUUUCAUUUUUUCCAGAUCUGCUCAAAAUUAUCCCUGCAAGUAUCCAUGUUAGUGUCGUUCUCUUCGGUACCGUACUGAUUGUCUUUGCUCUGGUGGGAGCAGGUUUCUUCAUGUUCAAUGCUUUUGGCAGCCCUUAUGAAACCCUGCACGGCCCCAUCGGGUUGUACCUCUGGAGCUUCAUCGCAUGGACUGCCGAGAUGACGAGCCUCUCUCCCUCUGUUUCAGGUUGCUGUGGUUGCCUCAUCAUGAUUCUCUUCUCUUCAGAAGUGAAAAUCCAUCAUCUUUCUGAGAAAAUUGCAAAUUUCAAAGAAGGAAGUUUUACAUUCAAGACUCACAAUGAACAGUUUGCAAAUUCAUUCUGGAUCGUCCUGGUUUGCUCCUUGGUGCAAUUCCUGAACGCCUUGUUGAUACGAUUUGCUGGAUAUGAAUUCCCCUUUUCAAAACCAAAAGAUUCAGGGAGAACCACUGGAGCAGUUGACCUGAUGUAUUAG